ACGUACGUUGGUGCUCGCUAAAGGGAGUGUUGCGAAAGAGGGCUACUCAGAUAUGAAAAGAUUAUGGUGGCGGAAUGAACAUCUGAAGCAUGGAAUGAAGUUGAGACACAUCUCAGCACUGGGAUAUUGGCUGAUUUGAUGAGGUUUUUUGGUCAGAUAUGGGUAAUGCUGUGAACCGUCCAGGACUAACACCAACUAGACAACAGAGACCUACCGCUCUAGACAGUGACCCUGGAGAUCUGGAUCAGGUAAUGCUGAUGACUCUGUCUGACUACCCGCCUGCUGACAUCUGUGAGCCCAUCUUCAGAGUCGGAGAGCAGCUCAGACUGGUGUCAGAGGAGGGCUACAGAUGGAAGGUGCGUUCACUACUGACAAAAGAAGAAAACUACAUUCCCCAGACCCAUGUGGCCAAAGUUUACCACGGAUGGCUAUUUGAGAGCGUGAAUCGAGUGCAGGCGGAACAACUCCUGGGUCUCCCUGGCAACAGAGUGGGCUCCUUCCUCAUCAGGGAGAGUGGAAGAGGCAUGUACACUCUUUCCAUCCGACACAGAGUGGUGAAGCAUUACCGUAUCAACCGCCUGCCAAAUAACUGGUACUACAUCUCCCCAAGCCUCACCUUCCAGUGCUUAGAGGACCUGGUCAACCACUAUUCCGACACAGCUGACGGACUGUGCUGUGUUCUCACUGGUCCCUGCAUGCGGACAUUUGACUGUGCCUGGACACAACUUAACUCGGCCCCACCUGUGGACAACCCACACAGCUUUGACUGGAAAUACGUCAACAGCUCGGAGCUGUUGCCAGACGAGGCCGAUCCUGGCCGCCGCCGCGGCAGCGAGCCGGACUCCAGGGUCAGCUACGGGGUCCAGAGCAGCGUGAGCUCCUAUCUAUCGCUGGCCGGAGCGCAGGAGACCAAGCGCUACAGCUGGAAGCGGCGCAGAGGCCGGUCCGUGUACGUGCUCCAACAGUCCCACCUGAGGAGCAGGCUGGCUGUGGAGGAGGACAGCUAUGAGAGCCUGUCCCAGUGAGGAUCGCUACGCCAGCGAGAGCACACCUGAGAUCACUCAGUGGGAGAUGAGAGUGGGUGGACCUCAAAGAUAAGAGGACUGAGACCAAGACAGAAAGACUACCUGAAGUGAUGCAAUGAAAAGAAGACACUUGAUGGGAAUAGGCCAUUUGACACAAACUAUAUUCACAU